GGAUUUUAAGCUGAGCACUUGCUUGAAAGGCAAGGAUGUUGUGAUAAAUGCUGUUGUAGAGAGAGCUAAGAAUAUCUGAGAUCAAAGGUAACUCAUUCUGAGAGAAAGAAAUCAAGGCAACACUAUGGAGUCUGUCUCUCAUUCAGAAACCUACAGGAUGAGUUCUUCCAACAGAGAGAUAUUGAGGAAACAUCAGAUCACGCAUCCUCCAAGAGUUCCACAUGCGGCCCUUGAUACAAAGAGGAAAACAGCAGCCAGGCCCUUCUCUGGGCUGUGGAAAGUCUCUGAUCCAACUCUGUUACAAAUGACCUUGGUCGCUGGUCUGUUGGCUUCUGUUCUUGGAGAUUGUGGUCCUCCACCUGAUUUACAGUUUGCUUCUCCAAAUAACAAGUUGAAUAACAAAGACUUCAAAACUGGAACUACACUGAAGUACACCUGCCUGCCUGGUUAUAGCAGAAUCGGUUCCAGUUCAGUUACUUGUAAUGAUAGAGGCUCAUGGGACUAUCGUGUUUUUUGUGCUAAGAAGCAAUGCAGAAACCUAGGAGACUUACCCAAUGGGAAAGUGGAAGUUAAGACAGAUUUUCUUUUUGGUUCAACUAUAGAAUUCAGCUGCUCAGAGGGGUAUAUCUUAGUUGGCUCAGCUACUAGUCAUUGUGAGAUCCAAGAUAAAGGAGUUGACUGGAGUGACCCGCUCCCUCAGUGUAUAAUUGCCAAGUGUGAGCCUCCUCCAGCCAUCAGCAAUGGAAGGCACAAUGGUGGAGAUGAAGACUUCUACACAUAUGGUUCUUCUGUCACCUACAGCUGUGACCCUGACUUCUCAAUGUUAGGCAAAGCCUCCAUUUCUUGCACAGUGGAAAAUAAAACAAUAGGUGUCUGGUAUCCAAGCCCUCCUACUUGUAAAAAUAUAGUUUGUCACCCACCACGAGUUCGAAAUGGAAACAUUCUCUCUGGAUUUGGACCCAUCUAUCACUACAAAGACUCUAUUCUGUUCAGCUGCAAGAAAGGCUAUAUCCUCAAUGGCAGCAGUUUAAUCCGUUGUGAUGCUAAUAACAAGUGGCAUCCUUCUCCUCCCACUUGUGAACUCAAUAGUUGUAUUGGAUUACCAGACAUUCCCCAUGCUGUCUGGGACGGAAGAGACAACAAGCUAAGCAAUCAAGAAGUAUUUGAAGUUGGGACUGAGUUGAAAUAUCAAUGCAAGUUUGGCUACAGACCUAUUCCCGAUGAGCCUCUGACUUUGACUUGUCAGGAAAAUUUCACGUGGACACCAUCCAAAGGGUGUGAAUAUAUUGUCUGUCAUCCACCUCAAGUUCCAAAUGGAAUCAUUCUCUCUGGAGUUGGACCCAUCUAUCACUACAAAGACUCUAUUCUGUUCAGCUGCAAGAAAGGCUAUAUCCUCAAUGGUGACAGUCCAAUCCAUUGUGGUGCUAAUGACAAGUGGCAUCCUUCUCCUCCCACUUGUGAACUCAAUAGUUGUAUUGGAUUACCAGACAUUCCCCAUGCUGUCUGGGAUGGAAGAGACAACAAGCUAAGCAAUCAAGAAGUAUUUGAAGUUGGGACUGAGUUGAAAUAUCAAUGCAAGUUUGGCUACAGACCUAUUCCCGAUGAGCCUCUGACUUUGACUUGUCAGGAAAAUUUCACGUGGACACCAUCCAAAGGGUGUGAAUAUAUUGUCUGUGAUCCACCUCAAGUUCCAAAUGGAAUCAUUCUCUCUGGAGUUGGACCCACCUAUAACUAUGAAGACUCUGUUCUGUUCAGCUGCGAGAAAGGCUAUAUCCUCAAUGGCAGCAAUUUAAUCCAUUGUGGUGCUAAUGACAAGUGGCAUCCUUCUCCUCCCACUUGUGAACUCAUUACGUGUGUGAAACCAGAAGUAGAAAAUGGAAAGCUGUCCGUGGAUAAGGAAAAGUAUGUUGCAUCUGAGAAUGUCACAGUCCAGUGUAACCCUGGGUUUAGUUUGGUCGGUCCCCAGAUUAUCACUUGCUCAGAGAAUACAACCUGGCACCCAACUGUGCCCACAUGUCACUGGGUAAAUUGCACAAUUGUGUGUCCCUCGGGAGACCUCCGGGCCCUGGAGCUAGAGCUGAUCCCAGUCACAUGCAAAGCCUUCAGGGCCCUGGUUAUAGAAACUCCCACUCUCCCAGAGGAAGCCGAGAAGAAUAAGGGCCCAAAACCAGUUUUGCAGGAAUCUUCGUACCGGAACCUGAUUGACUUGGAGACGGAAAUUAGGCCCCCACCUUAUGCCCCUCCUCCGUUGCAGGUUCCCCCGAGGGGAAGAGCCCCCCCCCCCUCCGCCAUGAAUCAGAAGGGACAAGGGAACCCCGACCUCGGAGAAGGAAUAGAGGAAAUAGGGCUCCUGCCAACUCCUCCAACCUUCUUCCAGCCUCUUGGCUGGAGCCUUGCCUCCCCUGGUUUCAGCGAACGGUGUGGACAGUGUGAACAGCAAGAUAACUGGCACCGUGAACAGGAUGAAGAGCAAUACAAUUGGCAUGGUCUGCAGGAUACCCAGCGGAUAGAGGAGCCUGAUGCUCCUCAGAAGAAGAGUUGGCAGGAUACACAGUGGGUGGGGGAGCCUGAAGUUCCACUGAAAGGAGGAAGCCAGUGGCCACCAUAUAGUCUGUGGUACUUUGUGACGGUGAUCCUCCUGGCUUCGGCUCCGGUGGAAGACUGGGAAGCAGUGGACGGGUUACAGGCACUACAGGCGUUACAGGCGGAGAGUUCCUGUUUGCUGAAUAAGGUGUCUUGGACUGCUGCUGACACCGUGGGGUGGAUUUUCCUGACUAUCCUGAAGGCGAAUAUGGAUCACGCCGUAGGCGAUGCUGCACCGGUGCUCAAUGUGCAGAGAGGCUUGGAAGAACUAGAGCAAUGCACAUUGGCGUUACAGCAAGAACCUUGUGGUCCUAAAGAGCCCAGCAUCUCUGACUGCGAGGUGGGGUCCCACCUGGGUGACGCGGUUGUGCAUGUGGGUGGAUUUGUGCAAGAGUGUACUGUAAAGGCUGUGUCCUCAGAUUUAGAAGAGUGUAAUCAUGCGGCUCUAUUGGAUUGCUCCCCUCAAGUCUUGUCCAGUACUUGGUCUCCUCAAUUCCGCUUCUUCCCUUUAGUAACUCAGAGCAGUGGACUUCCCCAGCCUGAGUUCCUUGAGUCAGGCACCAACUUACCACCGACUUCGAGCUUUCACUUCAGCCUGACUCAGGGUCUGAGAACAUUGAGUCUCAGGGCUGUGUUUCUGAGAUUCUUUACGAUGUCCCCCAGGCUGCAGAGAAUUUUCCCCGUGCUGCGCCUCCUUGGGGUCCUGUCUCUACUGCACUGCCCGCCUGGCCUGUGUGAUUGCGAAUCCCCUCCUGGCAUUGCCCAUGGACAAAGUAACAUAGUCUCUAAAUACUUUCAAUUUGAACGUGAAGGUGAAUAUGAAUGUGAUGAAGGGUACACCCUGGUUGGAGCGAACAGACUCUCCUGCACUUAUUCAGGCUGGUCACCUGCAACCCCUCAGUGUAAAGCACUGUGUCUGAAACCAAUGAUAGAAUAUGGAAGGUUAUCUGUGGAGAAGGUUAGAUAUGUUGAACCUGAAAGAAUUACUAUCCAGUGUGAGUCUGGCUAUCGUUUGGUUGGUUCAGAAAAUAUCACUUGCUCAGAGGACAGAACCUGGUCCCCAGUGGCACCCAAGUGUGAGUGGGAGUAUCCUGAAGGCUGUGAGCAAGUAAUCGCAGGCAAGAAACUCUUGCAGUGCCUCUCAAGUCCAGAGGAGGUGAAAUUGGCCCUGGAAGCGUACAAGCUGUCCCUGGAGAUUGCACUCCUGGAGCUUCAGAUAGAUAAGCCAAAGGAUGCCUCUGAGUGGUAAUCACUGUAAUGUUUCUCAAGAGAGAGAGGAAAACGUUUCUUGCUGUCUUCAUUCCAAUACAGAUCACCUCAGUUAAUCACAUUUAUCAUCUCUUUUACACCACCAAUUGUGGUAAUAAUUAUCUAGAAAGGAUAAUUUGUUAAUAUUUAGUGCUUUGAGAUUGUGGAGUUAUUGAUGAUUUUCUGACUCAUGUUUUUGCUUUUCUGGACACAGAGUACACAUUUUUUAAGUAAAAAAUUAGCAUAUCCAA